AUGAUACCGAACACAUCCAACGUAGAGCUGACCAAGGUCCACUACUACGAGAGCUUCCGUCGUUGCAGGAACUUGGAACUCGCCACCAUCUCCCGCGAGGUCUUCGACAAUCAAACCAACUCCAUCAUCAAACGCAGCAUCUUCGGACACCGGUGGGUACUCCAAAUCAACGAAGUAGACGCAACCAAAGAUUCGAAAUGGAAGAGGUACUGCCUGUACGUGUUCGUCUUCAUCUGCGUCCUUCUUGCCAUCGUAUUCGGUGUUUACAUCACAAUCACAGAAUUCCUGCAAAGGGAAAGACCGAAAAUAACGAAGAUCUUGAAAAUACCAGUGGCCGAAGAAGAGAUGAGCGUAGAAGAUAUUUUAAAGACUUUGAAACGUGAGCCACAAACGACCAAGAAAGAAAACAUAAUAGAGAAAAGAGCGAUUUGUAAUUGCGAGGAGAACGAGAUCUGCAUGAAAGUGCACGAAGCUCAACCACCGCUCUGUCUGAAGAUCGCCGAUUUCAACGAUCCCAGUGGAUGCGGUGGACUGUGCAUGGUCAAUACGCAAUUCUGCAAGAUUCUGGAUAGACACUACCUCGUCUACGAGUGCACCAACAACACGAAUACAUUGAUCUGCAGAGAUGGACACUUCAGUUGCGGAGACCUUUGCGUGUCCGAAACCAAACGGUGCGACGGUUUCUUUCAUUGCAAAGACAACAGCGACGAAUUGAAUUGCGAUUGCAAUUUACAAACGCACUUUCACUGCGGCAAUAACACUUCGUGCAUACCCAAGGGGAAUAAGUGCGACCGAAAAGUGGAUUGCUGGGACGGUUUCGACGAAUUCCACUGUCCGAACGAAUGCUCGGAAGAUGAGGUUCCCUGUCUUCGCAGCGACCAGUGCAUAUUGAAAACGAAAAUCUGCGACGGAAGCCAAGACUGCGAAGAUGGAUCGGACGAACCGCAAGGGUGUCUUUCAUAA